UUUGUGACCGAAGAAAAAGACAGAGAGAGAGAGGCGACGACUGUUAUUGCUGCAACAGAACCGCCAUGGCUUCUUCUACAGCUUCAAGGUUUCUCCGGAAACUACCUCAAACCCUUGUUCGUAUCUAUCCCACUAGGGUUCUAAGCUCUUCGAUUCAUAAAACCACCGAGCCAUCGCGUUCCUUACGGCGAAUAGGAUCCAGUCUUCUCCGACACGAUUCCAUCACUACAAGAAGCUUCUCCUCUCAAGAAGGUCCUGCUCCUAUCGAUUACAGUUCGAUUCUGCAGGAGGAUGAGUUCCACAGAUUAGCCAAUGCCACUAUCAAUCACCUUCUUGAGAAGAUUGAGGAUUAUGGUGAUAAUGUCCAGAUUGAUGGUUUCGACAUUGAUUAUGGGAAUGAAGUUCUCACGCUUAAGCUUGGAUCUUUAGGCACGUAUGUACUCAAUAAGCAAACUCCUAACCGACAAAUCUGGAUGUCUUCACCUGUCAGUGGCCCGUCUAGAUUCGACUGGGACCGUGAUGCUAAUGCGUGGAUUUACCGGAGGACAGAAGCAAAGUUGCAUAAACUGUUGGAAGAGGAGUUAGAGAGUCUAUGUGGCGAACCAAUUCAACUCUCAUGAGAACAAUAUUUGUGAGUUUGUCUAGGAACUUGGAACUGUUAUGCCCUUCAAUGGUAUAUCUCUAUGAAACAUCGAGAGGAAUAACCAAACUAGGCACGAAAAUAAAAAUGUUGUUUCAGUGUGAAAGCGAUGUUUGUGAUUAUACUGUUAACAGUAUUGUCUCGUACAUACACAGUGUGCAUCCUUUCUUCUUGUACACUAAAGCUCUAUUCGUUUAACCAGAGCUGAAGAAGCUGCUUUUGCACGUUUUA